AGGGUUAUGUCCCGGCUAUACCUUUGUCGCCACACCCAAUACGUUCGAUGCAACGGAGAAGAAGAUAAUCGGGGGCCAGAAAGUCGAUAUGGCCUUGUACCGCAACGAGGACCAGCCUAAGGCUGUCAAAGGCAAACCGCUUCGACCUCGAUGGGAUCGUAUGGCGCUUUACAUUGAGUUCAAGAGUUACGGGAAUUCUGUCAAGUCCGAUCCGUUCGAUGAUUGUCGCGCACGCCCGAAUGAAAGCCCCUCUGCGCAACGGAAACGCGCAAGGGGACAAUUAAUCGCUUAUGCCGCUGCGAUGUUCGCCCGUCAGCAGCGCACUCAUGGGUUCUCGAUUAUUAUCCUUGGGGAAUACGCUCGGAUUAUACGAUGGGACCGCGCGGGCGCUGUAUUCACCGAAAGGCUCAACUACGUUGCGCGUCCCGAGAAACUCGCCAUGUUUCUUUGGCACUUCGCUCACCUGGACCGUCGGCAGCAAGGUUACGACGACACUGCAGAGUUGAUUGAGGAGGACUCGCGUCUGCACAACAUGAUGAUGAUGAAGAUCGCAGACGGGAGCAAGAUGAGUGCAAAAGACAAAGACCUCCCGGAAGCCUACGUACUUGACUAUUUCAAGGACUCAUGCGACCCGGAUUGGCCCAACCCGGCAAAACCCCGUUACUUCCUCGUCGGCAGACCUCAUUUCGCUGUGCCUGGGAUGACAGGCCGCGCCACCCGCGGCUACGUCGCUCUGGACGAAGAGAGCAAUCAGCUCGUAUACCUUAAAGACUGCUGGCGUGUGGACCUCCCGGACAUGACGAGAGAAGGCGACGUCAUACAACUUAUGAACAACGAAGGGGUGAAAUAUGUCCCGACGUUGGUCUGUCACGGCGACAUAGAGGGGCAAUGUACAUCGACUCAACAGUACUGGUCUAAGCCCAACCCAUUCCGGCGGCAUCAGCAUUAUCGACUAGUGGUGCAGGAGGUUGGCUGUCCUCUCUCAGACUUCAAGCACUCUGAGGAAUUGGUUAAAGUUAUUACAGAGUGUAUAGCAGGACAUGCCGACGCCUUUGUAAAGGCGAAAAUCCUUCAUAGAGACAUCAGCGCUGGAAACAUCCUAAUCCUCCGAAAGAUGGUGGACAAAAAGGGCCAGACAUCUGUUGUGACACGAGGUCUCUUGAAUGAUUGGGAUUUGUCGAAAAGCGUGGCCGACAAUAAUGUCGGACCGAGGCAGCCUGAUCGUACGGGCACCUGGCAAUUCAUGUCAGGGCACCUCCUGCAGAAACCUUGGAAGUUGCAUGAGCUCCAGGAUGACCUCGAAUCCUUCAUGCACGUCCUUAUCUACGAGGCCAUACGCUAUCUGCCUCAUAAUUGCACGGAUGUUGGGGGAUUCGUCAAAAAUUUCUUUGACAUCGCGACCAAAUCCGGAAACGUCAUCACUGGCGGGAUCGGGAAG